ACGGGAAGAUUUUCUACGGACGCUCCUUGCAACGGCUCUCUGCGAUAAAUAUGAUGCAUUUAAAUAUUCACCGCAGCGAAGUGGAAAACACAAUUUUAUCGCGGUGAAAUGAAAGGCGUAGAUAGAAAUGGGUAAACGGCCAGGAAUUUUGUUUUCUUUAUUUAACAUUUAUUUGUGAUCAGCAUUGUAAUGGUCGACAUGCUCACAAGAAAUUAUCACUAGAAAUUCGCUCACAAGAAAUUAUCACUAGAAAAUCAAUACAGAAUUGAUAUUAGCAGGCAAUUCUUGUGAAAUGCAAGAAUGAUGGAAAUGGAGAAGGAAAUUGAGGAAUGCAUAGCUUACAGAGUAGGGCUUCCUGUGAGCGCGAGGGGUUUGGGCGAGAGAUUGGCAAUGUCAGAGGAGGCGCAGAGGGAGGCGGUGCAGCAAGGGGAGCAGUUGCAGGAGAGGUUGAGGCUGGCCAGAGAGGAGGCUGCCCUUUGUGCGGGAGCAAUCAGGAAGCAUGUGGCGGAGGCAGACCGUUGGCGGAAGGAGGCCGACCGCCUGGAGAAGGAAUGUGCUCUGUAUCUUCGCGAUAGAGAGGUCUUUAUGGAGGCCGCCGAUGAGGCCGACGAAAGGGCUAAUCAAGCCAACCACCGGGCCAUCCAAGCCAAUAAUGAGCUUCAAAGAGCGCUUACCCAGAUUGAGCAGCUCAAAUUCUCUACCGUGAGCAAGGCAAAGAUGGAUGAAGAACUGGGUAUACUCAAACGGAGAAUCACAGAGCUCGAGUCUGCAAACCUCAGCUUGCAGAAUGAUCAUCUAAUCUUAGUGAAAAGGCGCGGAGAUGAUGCUCGUAUAAACCAGCACACUGAGCAAUUGGAGCAAGAAAACAGAGAACUGCGGACGCUUUUAGAAAUUGCAAAAUCUGGAAGAAAGGACAAGCCAAACGGAGUCCAAAUAUUCAAACAUGGCACCGAAGAAGGCAGUUGGGCAUUCAAGCUGCAUGCCAAUUCCUUCAUAUCCUCAAUGGCUGACAAAGGGCUAUGGAAGGUCGCAGAAGAAGAAAAGCAAGAAGCAAUAGAUAUAAUUUGUUCAAACUUCGAAGCUUUUAUCACACAGGACUUACGUGGAAGGUUAGAAGCCUCUGAGAAGACAGCUCAACUAUUAACUGCAGAGGUUCAGUCCCUGAGGCAAGAAAAAAAUUACAUCAUGAGCAAUCUUGAGAAGGCAGAGAAUGAAGUGCAAUUACUAGAUGAUGAGAACAGGGAACUAAGAUUACGUCUUCGAGGCAGAUUUCAAGGGUCAGAUGGCCAUGCUGUAUCUCCUUUACAAACAAUGGUUAAAGCCUCACGUAGCCCAAAGUCACAGCUAUAAUAUUCAGAAAAUGUUUGUGAGCUACAGGGAAAUGACACAUUGCGGCAGCCCCUAACACUUUUUGCACAUAAUUGUCUAUAGUCAAUGCACAAAGAUGAGAAGGCUUCAUGUUUUUUUGUCACAAGUUAGUUACCCUGUUGCUUUGUAAUCAGAGAGAGCACAUCUGAUGUAUACUACUAUUGAUUGUGUUUAUAUUUAUAACAUCCAAGAAAUGUAGGUUUGAUUAUCACAGACCUGUUGAUGAGAGUGAGAAUGAGCACCUGUUGAUUUUAUAUCGAAAAAUGUAAGGUGAUUUUUGUAUUUGAAGGAAUACCACACAUCAUGUUGAUCAGAGAGAGCUUCUAUUGUAUGUAUACUGCUAUUUUAAGGCACAUCACAUGUCAAAAGGAGAUUAUGUAUACCAUUUUUUGUUAGAUACUAUAUAUAAAUAUGGCACACCAAGUUAUGGUUUUUGGAUU